AUGGGGAAGCCGAAUUGUGAUAACAGGCAAUUUAUUGAUCGUACAUCUUCACCACCACCGUCAAUUUUAUCACCACCACCAACAGAUUCUGAUAUAAAUUGGCAUUCAACAUUAAGUCAAUCGGAUCCAAGUAUUCAAUCACGUCAAAAUCAGUUUCCGAAUCGUGUACCACCAACGGGUUUUAAUUCCGCUUCAUAUAAAGUUUCAAUUGGGCAUGAAACAGUUAAUAUAACAGAACUUGCACGUCAUCGUGAACCAUCACCUGAUCCAACAACGACUAUAGCAUCGACUGAACGGCGUCGUAUUGUUACAACACAAAAAGGUGCUAAUAUUCUUAGUUUAUGCUUUAUGUGUUUUGUUUCCGCUUCUCUUAUACUUAUUGCGAUGUCGGCAAUGCAUUUAUUAAUCAAAACAAAUUAUAAUUAUAACAAUAAUAAUAUGAUUCCAUUUUUUCUUCAAUCAGUCAAUAUUACACCAGGUUUUUUAUAUAUGUUUUCAACAUCAAAUCCCUUAUCUCAUUCAGUAUCACAUCUUAUUGUUCCAGUUUAUGAUCAUACUAUACGUGACUUAGCUACUGUUAUAUGUUUAUUGAUAAUAGUACUCAACUGUUUCAGUCUAUUAGUAUUCAGUAUUGAAAUUUAUCUUGGUUGUAAUAUUGUGAUAACAAAACAUCAUUCAUAUCAAAAUAUUCGUGUACUUUUUAGUUCUUCAAAUUCACGUUUUAUUGCUAUAUGUGGUUUUUAUGCAUCAAUUCCAGCGUUAAUACUUGUCAUGUGUUUAUUUAUUUUAUUAAAUAUGUCAUUAAUACCAGCUAUUAUUUCAUUAAUUAUUCUUGGUUUAGGUCUUAUAUUUAUUCUUAUUACUUUAUUAACAUAUUUUUCAACAAUGAAAAAUAAUAAUUUUUCAUCAAUAAAUGGUAUGAAUUCAUCUAUGUAUCAUACAAUUGCUUCUAAUCCUUUAAAUGACGAUGAUAUUGAUUUAGCAAAAGCUGAUGAACUUUCAACACUUGUAUAG